AUGUCUUCUUUAAGGAGAGUGUAUAAACAGUUUGAGGAGCAACAGAAAAGAUUGUUGGCCAAUCUCGAGGAAGAUGGAGGUGGAGAUGAGGCUUUUGCAAUGGAGGAAAAUAAGGAUGAUGACCAUAGAAGGCAAAGGGCUUCACAUUCCCACUGUGUCAUGGAAGCUGUGGGUCAGAUAUCCAAACCCAGACGUGCUGCAAACUUCAAUAGAAAUAGGGAAAUACGAGAUCAAGCAUUUGCAGAUCAAGUGAAUGAGAUAAUGAGGACGGGAAAAUCAACCGUUCUUGAGUCCCCGAUGCGAUUUUGCUCCGCAAUCGAAGCCCUCUAUACAAAGGAGUACCUCCAGAAACUGAUGCAUAGGGAUUUGCGAAGGCUAUUGAGGAAUGGUGAGAUGCGAGGUUUCCCUGGCAUGAUUGGAAGCAUUGACUGCAUGCACUAG